CACUGAAAAAGCAGCAGAGAUCUCGGGAGUGUAUGAAGCUCGCUGUUAAGUUCGGGCUCCCUUCGCCACGCAGACUCAGCCAGCCUACGUGAACUAACCAUGAGUACAUCAGAGUCAUUGGAUCGAAUGGAACUCUGCGAAAGUCUCUUGACAUGGAUCCAAACAUUUGGAGUGGAAGCAGCAUGUAAGACAGUUGAAGAUUUGACCAGUGGGGUCGUAAUGGCCCAAGUCCUGCAAAAAAUAGAUGUAUCAUAUUUUAAUGAUGCUUGGAUUACAAGGAUCAAGCCAGAGGCCGGGGACAAUUGGAGGUUAAAGGUCAGCAAUCUAAAGAAAAUCUUGAAAGGCAUACUGGACUAUUACCAGGAGGUCUUAGGUCAACACAUUAAUGAUUUCACAGUACCAGAUGUAAAUUUGAUAGGAGAGCACUCUGAUGCUGCAGAACUCGGGAGAAUGUUACAACUCAUUCUGGGCUGUGCUGUUAACUGCGAACAGAAACAAGAAUAUAUCCAGACCAUAAUGGUGAUGGAGGAAUCAGUACAGCAUGUUGUCAUGACCGCCAUUCAGGAGCUAAUGAGUAAAGAGACUGCUGUCACCCCUGGAGGAAAUGACUCGUAUGUAGAUCUGGACAGAGAGCUUAAGAAGACGAUUGAGGAGCUGAAUGAUGCUUUGGCAACCAAGGAAGAGAUUGCUCAGCGGUGUCGCGAGCUUGACUUGCAGGCCCUCCAUGCCCAAGAGGAGCGUGAUAGACUGAGGUUAGACUUUAAUGAGCUAGAAGAGAGGGUAGCGGCUCUGCAAGAGGAGAAGAGCAGUCUGUUGGCAGAAAACCAGGUCCUGAUGGAGAGACUUAACCAGUCUGACUCUAUCGAGGACAUAAACAGCCCUGCUGGACGUAGACAUCUCCAGCUGCAGACCCAGCUUGAGCAGCUACAAGAAGAAACCUUCCGUCUGGAGGCGGCAAAAGACGACUACCGGAUCCGUUGUGAGGAGCUUGAGAAAGAGCUCCUGGAUGUGAAGUCCCAGAAUGAAGAACUCACGUCUUUAGCAGAUGAAGCCCAAUCUCUGAAGGACGAAAUGGAUGUGCUUAGACACUCAUCUGACAAGGUUUCCAAACUGGAGGGCACCGUGGAACAUUACAAGAAAAAACUGGAGGACAUGGGGCUACUCAGGAGACAGAUUAAGCUUCUGGAGGAGAAGAACACAGUGUUAAUGCAGACUAAUGUCAGCUUGGAGGAGGAGCUUCGAAAGGCCAAUGCUGCCAAGGGUCAACUGGAGACCUACAAGAGACAGGUGGUCGAACUUCAGAACAGACUUUCAGAAGAAUCUAAAAAGGCUGACAAGAUGGAGUUUGAGUACAAACGCCUCAAAGAGAAAGUGGACUCUCUACAAAAAGAAAAAGAUCGUAUGCGAACAGAGAGAGACUCUCUUAAGGAAACUAUUGAGGAACUCCACUGCGUUCAGGCUCAAGAGGGACAAUUUACAUCAAGUUUGUUCCCACUAGGGGGCAAUGAAGGCUCAGAUUCCUUGGCUGCUGAGAUCACCACUCCAGAAAUCCGGGAACAUCUGAUUCGCCUUCAGCAUGAAAACAAAAUGCUGAAGCUGGCCCAGGAGGGAUCAGACAACGAGAAGAUUGCUUUGCUGCAGAGCCUGCUGGAAGAUGCCAACAGAAGAAAAAGUGAACUGGAGACAGAAAACAGAUUAAUCAAUCAGCGGUUGAUGGAGGAGCAGAGUCAGGUGGAAGAGCUCCAAAAGACGGUGCAGGAACAGGGUUCAAAAGCAGAUGAUUCAUCAGUUCUGAAGAAGAAAUAUAAUGAACAUGUGGAGAAGUUGCAAGAAGUGAACAACGAGUUACUGAAGAAAAAUGCUAUCAUCGAUGAAAUGGAGCCUAAAUACAAUGCCAGCUCCCAACGAGUGGAUGAGCUUGAAGAAGCUCUGAAGAAAAAAGAUGAAGAGAUGAAACAGAUGGAGGAGAGAUACAAGAAAUAUCUUGAAAAAGCAAAAAGUGUUAUUCGGACGCUGGACCCGAAACAGAACCAAGGCUCCGGUCCGGAAGUUCAGGCCCUGAAAAACCAGCUGCAGGAGAAGGAGAGGAUGUUGAUCUCACUAGAGAAAGAAAUGGACAAGACAAAAAGCCAGCGAGAUCACGAGGAGAAACUGAUUGUUUCAGCCUGGUACAACAUGGGCAUGUCUCUGCAGAAGAAGGCGGCUGAAGACCGACUUGCCAACACCGGCUCUGGUCAGUCCUUCCUGGCCAGACAGAGACAAGCAACCAGCACACGUCGCUCCUACCCAGGCCACGUCCAGCCAGCUACCGCAAGAUCCAUGAGGUAAAGAUUCAGGGCAAGGAGGCCCAAAUCUUGCACCCUUUUUUUUUUCUUCCUGCCAAAUCCUAUUUUAACCUUGACUCCCAUCCAGUGAUGCAAGACUUCUUCUACCUUAUUUGAACCCCAGCAUAAUUUUUUAUAUUGAGUAAUCACUCCAAACACCCUUCCAUCUGACCUCUUGCUGAACUUGUUUUGUGUGAAAAACUUUACCACUCAUCUAAUCUGGACCCAGGUGCUCAGAAGACUUGCAUCUUUUUGAAAAGUUAUCUUUUUUUGAUGAGGAACAGCUCUACCUUUUCAUGCAGUAUUUAUGCACUUCUCUACCUGUGACAUUCACUUUUAUAGGAGAAUGACUGUCCUGCUUGAGGUUUACCUGGCAGCAAGGUCUAAUGUUUAAGUUUUAUUUAACAUACCUUUUUACAGUUGGUCUUAAUUAACUGAUUCAUAGGAAGAUUUAUGCUAUUUUUAUUUUUUCUGUAAAUGUCUGAAUAAGGUGAUAAUGGUUUUUAGAUUGACUAGGCUACAGUUGGAAAAACGAAAGCAAUAAUUGGGAAUUUUUAUUUUUUCAAAACAGGGGUUUGAAGAUGCUUCAGAAGGUGAAUGUCAUAAUGAGCUGCAGUGCUGGUCAAAAGUUUUAUCAAUUUAUUUCAUUUUGGUUUAUUUGGAAUGUUUCUUCUUUUUGUUUGCAAGGAGUAUUUAAAUAGCAAACAAACGGAAGUAAUUUUUUCAACAUAUUUUUAAAAUAUUUUUUCCUAUUCAUAUCAUGUUCAAAAAUAUUUGGAUAUAUUUAGAAAUUGAGAAAAUUGCUGUGGUAUUAACUGACAUUUUUCAUGAAGCUUUUCCUUCUUCAUUGCAAAAAGCCCCCACUAUACAUGAGCGUCAGCAUUUCAGCUGCUACUAAUGUAGUUUAAAUGUGUCAUGGGAGUUAGACUGCUUUCAGUUGUCCGCCUGACACUUGGAAUAUAGUAAACUACUAAAUAUUGCAGUUUUUUACAGUUACAAUGUGGCACACAGGUAUUUUGGUAAUGAUUGCAAUUCCCUAGUCUCUCAUCAUCCCAACAAUGAGGACAUGUAAACUUCUGACCUGCACUGUAGAUUGUUAAAUGUUCCUGUGUGGUAGGAUUUUGGUUAACUUGUUUAGUAAAUAAUAGGAUUCUGAAGCGAAACCACUGGAUCUGGUUUUUAGCUUUACCAGCAUGUUCUGGUUUGUGUUGAACGUUUGUGUGCCAUAGAUUUUUACUGUCUGUUAUUCUCAACAAACCAUUUUGCAGGACUUUUCUCCAAGAUAAAAUACUUCAGAGGUUUUUAGCCAUGCCAUUGUUUCAAAGUUUGAAUCACGUUGUUAUGGGGAAAACUCUGAAGUAUUCAGAAUUGAAAAAGAUGAUCUACGUUUCCAUAUAAGAAUUGUAGAUGCUCCUUUCGCAGGGGUUGCACAAAUUGUUUUGCGUCAGAUUCCUUUUCCAUUCUCUCUUUGACCCAAAUAUUUCAUGACAGGUCUUCUAUUAACUUCAAUUUUAAACUGACAUGGUGCUUUUUAUGCUAACCAGCUCUUCCAUCUGAUCAUAACAUCUCUCUCUCCUCCUUCUACAGCAAUAUCACUGCAUGACUGGUAUGCCAAUGAGCUACUCCUAGCCUUGUGCGGCUGGGCCCGGCCUUGUCCCCCUGUGGCCUGCCCUGACCUCGGGCUGGGCUAGGCUGAGGCACCUGAUGCAUGAACCUGCCUGCCUACUGUUUGCAUGACCCCUCUGUGUUAUUUCAAGCCUUCAAAAUAACCCGUCCCUCUAUCGGCUGCAGCAGCAUGAGCACUAACAACCCUUCCGCAUUGUUAUGCAUCAUAAUCUCCAGGCAAGUCUGAUGAAGGAUUUGGGAUCUGCAAAGAAAAAAUCUCCGAUUCUUUUUUUCCACCUUCCAUGCCAGUAGUCUGAUGUUAAUGUCCCUGUCCUCCCUCCUUCAUACCUUCUAACUCCACUGUUACACCUGAUGGACACAUCCACUAGUGCUUUCACAUGCAACAAGUCUGUUACAAUGCAGUGUGUGUUUCAAACAUCCCAGAAGGGAUCAGAGUACACCAGUAUUUCCUGUCCAUCAACCUGUUUAGUAUUUAUGAAGAUCUUGUCUUCGGCUGGCUGUGUCAGAAUACCUCAGUGACAUAUUUCCACAGAUCCAUUUCAGUCUGCAUGACUGAGAGGAUUAAUGUGUUAUUUAAGAGGUACAGCCUGCAAAAUGGUCUUAUUUAGAGUUUUCUCCCCUUUAAACUGUUGCGUCACGUCUGAGCUGUAAUUUUUUGGAUUGGAUCUUAAAGAGUUUUUUGUUUUUUUCUUAUUAUUUUAAUUUAAUCCAGGUGUAGACCACAGCAAGUUUUGAACAAAGCAAAAGCUUUUGGGGGCUUUCCUCUGUUGCCUUGUUUUUAUGAGCUGAAGGUGGUAAAUAAUGUGUGCUAUAUUGACAGUGUUGUUACAGAUUAGUUUUUAUUUGAGUUGAAAGUCCUCAUUAAGCCUAAUCUCAUCUCUUUCCAGCCCUUUUUCUACAUUAGAAUUUUUUUCAUCUUACUUUUUAAUUUAUUUUUGGAGUGUAGGCCACAAUUUUAGCGGGGAUUGUAAUUAUACCAAAAAGCUUAUCUCUUUUUUUUUAUAUUCAUAAUUUAAAAUUACAAUAUUAGAUUAAAAGUGCAUUUGCAUUGGUAACCCAAUGGGCAGUCUGUUCACUUUAGGGCCUAAAGUAAACCUCAUGUUUAGGCUGAGUAGUAAUCAGUUAAAUGAUGUGGAAUGGCAGAAAAAGGUUGCAGUAAUUAUAACUUCCUUUAAGGAAAUCAUCAAACCAGCAAAGAUAGAAGAAUCUUCCUUUCAGGUCUGGUUUUCAGUAUUAUCAGAGCUAAAAGACUUGCAGUAUCAAAGUAUGUUGGCAUUUUUUGAUCAUGGAAUAAGAUGCAGUUCACUCACUUUUAAGCAAAUUCAGAUGUUUCUGUCAGCUAUGUGUGUAUGAUUUCCGGUUUUGUAUUAGUAAAUGUUUUAUUUAAUUUUUAUUUUCCAGAGUUCAUUAAAAAUCUGAUCCAGAAUCUGACAGUAUGGACAAGUUGCAAGUGUUAAACCCUAAAAGCGAAAGAUGGUUUAAUCCUCCAGUUGAGUGCCUUUUGUUUAUGAUUUAUCAAAAGGUUUUGAAAUUUGGAUUCAAUAAGUUACAAGGUUUAUUGAGUAUUUACACCAAAAAAAAAACUCAGUUUGUCUUUAUCUUGACAGUAACUUAACUCUUAAGUUUGGCUUAAUGGGAGAUUUUCUCCCCAAUGUUUUACUCAUACUUCUUCUAUUGUGUAAUCAUAGUUUAAUCCAUUUGCAUUUUAAUCCAAUGCAUUUUAACCUAAUGGCUUAUUUAUUAUUUUUUGCUUGUACAGCAGUGUUAACAUUUAUUUUUUAUUAGUAGUAUUAUUAUAUUAUCAUUUAUACUGUUACAAUGGAUGUAAUUGAGAUCAAAAUACUGUUAAAUAACAUAUGCAACUAAAGGAAAAGGUUUCUAGUAUUAAAGCAUUUAUCUCCAAGUAUAAACUAGAGGAGUGAAAGUUGCGGUUCUUGUACCGACAGUGUUUACAGAAAAAAGAAUUCCUUUUCAUUUUAAACACUGCGCAAAUAAAUUUGCACUUGUAAUUGAGUAUGAUGCUUUCCUUUUGAACAAAAGACGCAAAGCUACAUUUUAAUUCUCACAUCAACUAGAUUUGCAGCACUCAUACAAAUGACCUUUUGAAUUUAUGAACGAUUGACGUGAGAUUGGUAUAUUGGUAGCAAAAAUGAUCAUCAAAUAAAACUAUUUUUUAAAACGGUGUUGAAAUAACAUUUAAGAACACGGAUGACUAAUGUUUCCAGUAUUUUUUUGUUUUCUAUUUGAAUCAUAUUUUUGUAAAUUAUGCGACAUUAACUCUUUUUCUGUUUGUAUUUACAAGUAAUGUUACACAGACUUCUUUUGACCGUCCAUCCUCAGAACAUGGUUUGUAUAUUUUGCAAACGCAUCCACAUUGUGGUUGACCUGUUGACAUUUACGUCAGGAAUUUGGGCAAACCUUCAUUAUGAACACUCAUGUAAAAAGAAAAAGAAGCAGGUUUUCUGGUUUCCUCCUUGCAUCCCUAUCAAACCACCCACUGUAAUUUUGCCUUUGCAUACCUCCAUUACCUGAUUACAGGUGGGGCCAAUUUGUUGUCCUUUUCAAUGCACAUUUCUUGGCAAUAAAGAAGGGGUUAAAAACCUGGUCUGCUGCUCUAACUAAAACGUUGAAACUCACUUCAGUGUUCAAAGAACAAGUAUUUUUCAUAAAUAUGCUGAAACCCAUUGAAAACUAUCAUGUCUGUAUUUUUACAUGCCUCGUAUUCCCUAGAGUUUUUUUUUCAUUUGGCUGGUAAUAUCACUAAGGCUCUGACAAAUGAAUUAGAAAGCUGAAAUGAACAACAAGGGGCCUUGUCUGGUUAUUGUUCCAUGAAUCCCAAAGUAGCAAAUAAUGUCCUAUUUGCCAAUAUUUUAUAUUGCUUGUAUAGAAAGACAAAUUGUACAUAACAUUUGUGGUAGUGUCGUAGAGCUGUUUAAAUAUUUGCGAUUGAGGAAAUCAGAAGAUCAUGUCUAGUAAGGUGGAUUUCAUCUCACAUUUAUCCAACAAGGAUUACGCUGGUGAAAAUGUGCUUCCGACACCAUGAAACUUAGAAACCACGUUGUAAAUAAAGCUUGUAUAAAACA